AUGUCUGUCAUAGACUUUUCGAUAACUGAUGAGGUAGUACCUUUAAAUCACAGCACUGAGAAGGAGAAAACUGUAAGUCACAUCGGUUAUUUCUCUUCCUCAUACUCUGUGAAAAAAAUUCAGGUUGGAAUCUGCUUGUUUCUGGUGGAGCUAUGUGAGAGGUUCACUUUCUCUGAAGUUGUCUGCAACAUGAUCCCCUUUUGCACUGUUAAGCUUGGCUACCGCAACCACCAGGCAGCCAUUUUGAACUUGUGCUUUACUGGAACUUCAAUACUUACCCCUGUGAUUGCCGGAUGGCUCACUGAUGUCUAUGUGGGAAGAAACCAACUGGUGUACACUUGCUUACUUCUACAUUUUCUAGGUACUGCUUUGUUAUCUGUGGUUGCUUUUCCCUUGGAAGAUGUCUAUCUGGGCACUUACCAUGUGAUUAACAACAUACCGAAAAAGGAACAGCACAGGCUGUUUUAUGUAGCACUGCUGACCAUCUGCCUUGGCACAGGAGGAGUAAGAGCCAUCGUUUGUCCACUGGGUGCUUACGGCCUUCGGGAGUGUAGCUCAAAGAAACGAAAGUUUUUUUUUAACUGGUUUUAUUGGCUCAUGAACCUAAAUGCAAUCAUCGUCUUUCUGGGAAUAUCUUACGUCCAGCACUUGGGGGCCUGGGCCCUUGUUUUACUUAUUCCUUUUAUGUCUACACUUAUGGCUCUGAUAACUCUUCAUAUGAUGUGCUAUAACCUGAUUUAUCAGCCAGAAAAAUGUUUCUCCCUCCUGACAACCAUUGGGGUGUUUUUUAAUGCACUGAAAACAUGUUGCCUUCAAUACUGCCAUCUUGGCAGAGAUACUGCCAGCUGGUUAGACCACGCCAAAGAAAAAAAUGGUGGCUGCUAUAGUGAGUCCCACGUGGAAGACACAAAAUUUUUCUUCGCCCUUCUCCCUCUCUUCAUUUUUCAGCUCCUAUACAGAAUGUGCAUUAUGCAGAUUCCUUCGGGAUAUUAUCUGCAGACCAUGAAUUCCAACCUGAAUGUGGAUGGAUUUCUUCUGCCAAUUGCAGUAAUGAGUGCCAUCAGCAUCCUACCAUUACUAAUUCUGGCUCCUUUUAUGGAGUAUUUCAGCACCUGCCUAUUUCCCUCUAAGAGAGAUGGACCACUUCUGUCAGCAUGCGUUAUUGCUGGCAAUCUUUCUGCUGCAUUUUCUGUGAUGGUAGCCGGCUUCUUUGAAAUACACAGAAAACACUUCCCUCCGGUGAAGCAGCUUCUUUUAGGCAAAGUUCUCACUGUUUCCUCCAUGCCCUGUUUCUACCUGUUUCUUCAGUACGUUUUACUUGGAGUGGCUGAAACACUGGUCAACCCAGCCUGCAAUUGGUUUCCAAACACAUUAAACAAAGGCAAUUUAGAAAGCUUCUUCUUCUUCCUGGCAUCAUUAACAUUGUUGAACAUCUUGGGAUUCUGGAGUGUUUCACAAAGAUAUUGUAAUCUAAAUCAUUUUAAUGCCCAGAACAUCAGUGGAAGUAAUCUUGAAGAAACACUUCUCCUCCACGAAAAGUCUCUGAAAUUUUAUGGCAGUAUACAGGAAUUUUUUUCAAGUAUUGAUCUUUGGGAGACAGCCCUAUGA